AAAUUCGAGCGAUACAGAAAAGCGUUGGCUGCAUACGAGAUCGACUCGUAUGCUAAUACAUCAAAACCGGUCGUACCUGACAAACCGAAGUAUUUCACAAGGAUUCCAUAUAAUAAGGGUGCAAGUCUCUUGCAUAUGCUCAGUAAUACCAUCACACCUGGUGUCCUUCAGCAUGGUCUGCAAAGUUAUCUUCAAAAAUAUCAAUACAGUAACACAAACUAUACUGACUUGUGGAGUGAAAUAACUGAGGUAAUGACCUACUCAAACGUUAAAUGUUAG